UUUGCUGAACUCUGAAGUCAAGCUCACCCUCUGUACAAGCAGUGACGGAGCAAACGUCACCCACAUGGCUUAGAAAGUGUCCAGAAGUGCAGGGUUUUCAUCUAAGAGGGAAUAUGUAACUGUUGAACGAGUGGAAUAUGGCUCAGAGCCCGGCGGUGAAAGCUCCUCUGCGGAGAUCCUUCAGCGAGCACGUUAAAGACUCCACCAACAAGGCUUGGGAUGUCUUCUGGAGGAGUGUGAGGGAGCGGCGGCUGUGGGAGAUUGAAGCCAAGGAGGCCUGCGAUUGGCUGCGAGCCGCCGGCUUCCCCCAGUAUGUGCAGUUAUUCAAAGACUGCAGGUUCCCCGUCGACAUUGAGCGAGCGAAGCACGAUCACCACUUCCUGGAUAAGGAUGCGCUCGAUUCACUCUGCAGGAGAUUAAUCACUUUAAACAAAUGCGUGGAAAUGAGGCUGGAGCCACGAAGAUCAAAACACCGGAGAGACGACUGUGAUGAGGAAGACUUCUGCGCCAUCAGCCCCAACUGGACCUACGACCGGCGGACGCGACAGUGGCGGCGCCUCGACUCCACUGUGGACAUCCUCCACCUGUCCGACAGCCCGACCCGACCCAGCGACCGCCAUGACGUCUGCUCCAUCCACAGCUCCAGCAGCACCGAGAGCGAAGGCCACGAUGGCCACCACAAGAGUUCCGGAGAACCCGUCGCCACCUCCACCGCCAGCACCGCCACCGACGAUCAGGAGACCAGCAGGAGCUCCUCCCGCUGCUCCUCCACUAACAAGACCCAGUCCCUGGACACGUCCUUCAGCGGACCGCCCUCUCCUAGAGGAAGUGGUGGAGGAUCGUCCACCAUGAGCCUGGAAGCUGAGGGCUCCUUCCCAGACAAGCCGCCCAGGAAGAAGGGCACCACUCUGCUGAGGAAGAUGGAGAAACUGAGGCUGAGGGGGACGGCCGGCUUCCUCCUGUCGGAUCAUAGCGGUGGAGGCAACAGGCGUCUGAUAAGUGGGCCGGUUGUGGUCCAAGAGGAGGAGCCGUCAAGUCCACAGGAUCAGGCCAGCAGUCGAACGUCUUCGUCGCCUUCGUCUCCUUCGUCUCCUCACACCAUCAGCAGUGGCAGCAGCAGUAACAGCCAAUCAGAGAGCAGCAGCACUGUCAGCACGCCCAGCCCCGUCACCCGGGUCAGGAGCAACUGCAAACGCUCCAACAGCGGCGUUGGUGAUGGAACGAGUCGGAACAACCAGAACCACGCAGGAAUGGAGGACUACAGGAACCAGAUCAACAACAACAACAACAGCAGCCAUGAGAGCCUGGUCUUCCAGAUCCCCCAGGGACACAAACCGGGAACCUUCCCCACCUCCCUCAUGCACAAACACGCCAUCCUGUCGCCCAUCAUCGACAGCACCUCUGUCAACUGGAGGACCGGCAGCUUCCACGGUUAUCGGGCGCGAAACAGCAUCCGUCGCGGCACGUCGUCUCUGGCCUCGCCGUCUUCGUCGUGUGACGUCCCGAGUCCACUCGCUCUGCUGGACCACCGGAUGAGCGUCUACGACAACGUACCCAACGACCGGCUGCUGUCUGAAAGCGAAGGAGGCAGCGGCGGAAGUGGCAGCGAGGAGUCAGAGGUGAGUCGACUGCUGGCAGGUGAGGACGUUUUCUCGGCUCUGGACAGCGUUUUGGAGAGAAUCAGUGACCUCCAACAGCUGGUCUCCACCUGGUCUGAAAACCUAUCCGAAGACGACUGUCAAAGAGGUUCCUCCUCCUCCUCUUCGUCUUCUUCGUCCUCUUCUUCCUCCCAGGACUCCCCUGCCCAUGGCUCUUCAGCCGCCUCCCCCUGCCCCUCCUCCCCAAGCCACAUCCACCUGGAGGUUCAGCAUCCGGAGGAGAGCAGCGAGAAAACGCCUGUUAACGGAGAGGAGUCGAAGACCACAUCACCACAGCCCCGGAGCAGCAGGGUGAGCCAGCAGCUGCACUGGUCCAGCGAGCAGAGCCUGCCCUCCCUGCCUUCCAGUCCAGGAGUGGAGAACCAGUCUGCCUCCCAGUUCCUCCUGCUCCAGAAACUCUCGCUGCUCAAACUCACCGCCCUGAUGGACAAAUACUCCCCGUCCAGCAAGCAGGGCUGGAACUGGACUGUUCCCAAACCACUGAGGAAGACCAAGGCCAUGGAGGUGAAAGGCCGGCGGGUGUUUGGGGUUCCUCUGCUGCUCAGCGUCCAGCAGACUGGAGAUCCGCUGCCUCCGAGCAUCCUCAGAGCGCUGGUGUACCUGAGGACCGAGUGUUUGGACCAGGUGGGUCUUUUCCGGAAGUCGGGGGUGAAGUCUCGUAUCCAGUACCUCCGUGAGAUGGUGGAGUCCGACCCGGACGGAGUUUCGUAUGAUGGUCAGUCGGCCUUCGACGUGGCUGACAUGGUGAAACAGUACUUCAGAGACCUGCCUGAACCCAUCUUCACCAGCAAACUGAGCGAGUCCUUCCUCCACAUCUACCAGUAUUUUCCGAAGGAUCAACAGUUGAUUGCGGCUCAGGCAGCCAUCUUGCUGCUUCUGGACGAGAACAGGGAGGCACUUCGAACGUUGCUCUUCUUCCUGCGUGAUGUUGUUUCGUGCGUGGAUGAGAACCAGAUGACUCCCACCAACAUCGCCGUCUGCUUGGCGCCGUCGCUUUUCCACCUCAACACCCUGAAGAGAGACGCCAACGCUGCCAGGUCCAGUCACAGGAAGUACAGUCUGGGCCGCCCAGACCAGCGGGACCUGAGCGAGAACCUUGCUGCCACCCAGGGCCUGGCCAACAUGAUCACUGAGGCCCAGAGACUGUUCCAGCUUCCAGAGUUUUGGCCCGGCCAGAGUUUAGGUGCUGCUCUUGUCACUGAGGACUUCCUUUGUGAGGAGUCUGGAGGUUCUGAGGAGGAUCAACAGGAGGAGAGAAGGAAGAAGCUGCAGCUCAGCACCCAGAACCUCCUGAAGGAAGCCAGAGAGAAGAGUCGAGGCUGGGAGAACCACCCAGCUCCAGAGAACGUGGAGGUGGCCUUCAAGAAGAUGGACGACGGCUGCCCGCUGUGGAUGUGGCGAGGCUCCGUGGAGGUGGAUGCCCCACAGAUGGAGCUGCUCCACCGGCUGCUGAGGGAGCAGCAGCUGUGGGAGGGAAAUCUGCACCACGCCGCAGUCAUCCAGACCUUGUCCAAGGACGCCGACGUCUACCGAUACGUCCUCCAGGGCCGUGGCCACGAGCUGGGCUCCCAACCCGUCCAGGAGCACCUGCUUCUCAGGUCGUGGCAGGCCGACCCGUCCUCCGGUCCUCUCUUCCUGUCCUCGGUUUCCACGGACCACCCUGAGGUUCUGGUGGAGGGGGUCAGAGUCCACGUCCACAGCUGCCUCUACCUUCUGGAGCCCACCGGAGCCAGGAAGACCCGGCUGACCCACCUGUGUAGAACAGAUACCAGGGGUCGAUCCCAGCAGUGGCACAGCAAAGUGAGCGGACACCUUCUGGCUUCAGGUCUGCUGGCCAUCAGAGAUUCCUUCAGGGCCGACUACAAGGAAACAAAGAUCUGAGUCCAUUCUACACGAAAAUGCAGGAAAAUAAAGUCAGACUGCGGCGCCGCUGUCCUACGUCCUUCUUUCAGUUUUAAAACUCACAUCAGAGUGACUAUGUGUUGACUUUUGAUUGCCGCUGACCUUGCAGAGCGCCAGCAGCACCUCUGCAUCCCUGCUGCGUCGAUACGCUUCACAAAAAAAAGCCUGGUGAGCUUUGACAAAGGACGUUUUGAUGGGAUGGUGAAAAGUCUGAUUUGACUUCCAACUGAGGAUUAAGGCCAAAAAAAAGAGCAAGCAGACAACGAACUCGCUGGAAUUUUCAUCCUAAAAUAUGUCAAACUCGUCCUGUUGGAGGAGAAAGAAGCAGGAAAACAUGUGGAGGCUGUUGGACAAACACAGGAAAUAGACUUUUAGUCAGCGGACUGCAGUGGGAAAAAAAAGAGUUUGUUGGAUGAAACUUACCACCAGAAACCAAACAACAUCUUUUAAAGACACAAACCGCUUUAACAUUUUCCAUCUAGAACUAUGUUCUGCAGAUAGUUUAAUUAUUCAGUCAAAAGGAGCAUCUGUGAAAGAGUUUUCAGUGUUUCUCAUUAAGUAUAUUCUAACUAGUCAUGACUAACUUCCACAUAUCUUUCAUUCCUCUCAAUUCAACAUGUCUACAUUGUACGUUUAGGUCUUAAGUUUGAACCAGUCAGAACAACGUUGUACAGAAGAAAUUGGACUUCUGCCUCGUCAGAAUGUAUUUAUAGAUAUCUCAAAUUAGAGUUUUAAUGUUGCAGAUAUCUGUAGUUAGCUACAGCAAACAUACUACGGCAGUGCAACCAUAAAUCGCAUACUGUUUUACCACUAAUCUACUAAAUUUUGACAUAAAUCUCUGAUUAAUGAAGCUGUUUUUGUCCACAAACUCCUUGCUGGUGAAGUAGCAGACGCAACUGGACCAACUUCCAAUGGAAGCCUCAUAUAAGCAGCAUCACAGCCAACAUGAAACAUCAGCAGCUUUUGUUCUGACUGCUCCACCCUGAAUUACAGAGAUCACUACCUGACCGAUCAGAAUGACGUCAUAGAUGUGGACAAACUCUGAUUCGUCACAGCGUGUUUAGCGAAAAAUUGUAAUUGUGAACGACCAAUCUCAACUAUUAAAUGUUAAAACGGUUUGCUGUAGAUGCUGUGAACAUCUCGGAAGUCAGCAAAAGAGCAAAAAAUGAAAAAUGUGCUUAAUACAACCAUGGAGCUUCAGCUUCAGAUACUGCUUUAGAAGAAGCAGAAAUACAUUUCAGCACCGAGAAUUUAUUUCUUUUGCAUGUAGAAGCUUGUUAGGAAGUUGAAUUCUGCAGCCAGAACCAUUGAACCACUGCUGCCACAACUGGGCUGUUCCUUCCAGCAGAGUUCGAACCAGAAACCUCAGGACUUCUAUGGAACUACUGCGGUCCUUCGCUCUGACAAAGAAGGUUUUUGCCUCCAAAUGUGUGACCGAUGAACGACAGAUGGACGCUGUUUUCUGGGACAAUUAAACACAAACUGCUCAGAAACUGUUUGCUUUUAAAGGUGACACCCAACAGAACGUUUUUUCAUCACAUCUAAGCGACUUUACUUCUAAUUCGUCCCUGCUCCAAGACGAGCGAUAUCUACCUCUACACGGGACGACGCCAACAGAAAUGACGGAUAUCCAGUUUCCUGAAUGUUUUUAACCCUUAUAUUUAUUCUGGUCUGACGGAGCGUUUCUGCGCUUGUACAGUUUCAUUUCAAGUCCUGCAUAUUUCAGUGUCACUGUUUUGUGUGCACGUAGAAGUCAGUUUUAUUCAUCAAACUCCAUAAUUCAGAUUAUUUAACUUAAUACAAAUGCUAUAUCCAGAUGUGUUUAUUUAAUUUUCUGUAAAAUGUUUGUGUGAAAUGUAAAUUUAUCAGUGCCAAACACCUAAUUAAAAUGUUUAUUUCUCCCUGAA